UUUGGAUUGCGGCGAGGCCUUCAGUACGACACCAACCACCCUCCGCGCAUGCAACGAACUAUCUCCGCGAUCCUCGACGUUAUCUAUUUCUAUUUCUCUUCUUCCAUUUCUAUUUUUCUAUCCUUUUCCCGUUUUAUCUAUUUUUCUCUUAUCGUAUCACGUGUACUAUUUCAACAUUCAUAAUUGUCAUCGAGGAUAAUCGUUUGAUAGAAACAAUCCUCUCUUCGGAUAGAGGAUAACGUGUAAGAGCUCUCGUAGUGCGACGCGAACGAGUGUUCUCUAUCUUUUUCUCUGGUUAAUACAACGAAGAAGAACAGUCCUUUCCAAUGGAGCGAACCAACGAGUUCGCUGUCACGUGCUACCACCGACUGGAACCCCGAGCUCUCUCUAGGUAGGCAGGUUCCAGGGAGAAAGAAAGAGAUAGACAGAAAGAGAGAGAGAGAGAAAGAGAGAAGGACGGAGAAAAGUCGUAAAGAAGAAGACAGUUUUAUUGGGGAAGGCCCACGUGAUCCUUGUAAACAGAGGCUGGCUCGUUGUGACGUUUCGUAGCGUACAAAACGGUGAUUACGUGAGAGAAAGGUGAACAAUGAAGAAAAUCAUUUUCAUCUAAAAGGGUUUUGUUUUUUUUUUGUAAAAGGUAAAAGACAAGCUAAAACUAAAAAAAAUCUAACGGUUUGUGCGAAUCGUGAAUGUCGUUUAUAUCGGGACGUGCGAAGAGAUCAGUUUAGUGACGUCGAAGAAGGACGAAGAGAGUCGCGAACGAUGAGCUCGUAUCAGUUCGUCAAUUCGCUCGCGUCAUGUUACGCAGGCCAACAGCCUCAGCAGCAAAGGCCUACGCCGAAUUCACCUGGAGAACCAAUGCAAGCGGCAUCGCCAGCUGGUGCAGAUUAUUACAAUCCGAAUGCUGCGGCGACGAGUUAUCCGACACCAUGUUACUCCCCGCAGCAACAUUAUCCACAACAUCCGUAUGCAACUCCUGCAUCCGGAAUGCAACACACAGCACCAUCCGGCAUGAUAGACUACACGCAACUUCAGCCGCAACCGAGGUUGAAUGCAACAGCCACUUCGGCACAACACAGCAUGCAUCAGCCACCAUCUCAGCAUCAUCCUCAACAGCAUCAUCCCCAGACGCAACAGCAGGCACAGCUUCAUCAGGAUCCAACAACCCCCUUGCUUCAAGCCGCUAACGCGCCUUCCGCGCCUUCAACAUCGAGCUGCAAGUACGCCGACUCGACCUCUUCCACUGGAGUAGCAUCGCCUCAGGAUCUCUCAACUUCCACCUCGAGAAACAGUCCGACGCCCUUGGUCGCACCUUGUACGAGCAAAUCCGCGUCCGGUCUGACCUCGCCACCAGGUACCUCAUCGAGGUCCUCCGUCGCGGCAGCAUCCGCGGCUUCACCUCCAAGUGGAACGCCGAGAAACGUUGCCGAUGGAAAUUCAACACUUACGACAGCAUCCUCAGCUUCUUCCCCAGCAUCCUCAACCUCGAGCACCUCUAGCACUGGGAAUAAUUCGUCGAACAAGGUGAACCCUUCUGGUAGCAAUCCACCCCAGAUUUAUCCUUGGAUGAAAAGGGUUCACAUCGGACAGAGCACGGUGAAUGCAAAUGGCGAAACGAAACGACAAAGGACAUCUUACACGAGGUAUCAAACUUUAGAACUGGAAAAGGAGUUCCAUUUCAACCGCUACCUGACGAGGCGGCGUCGUAUCGAAAUUGCCCAUGCCCUUUGCCUGACGGAACGUCAGAUCAAGAUCUGGUUUCAAAACCGGCGGAUGAAGUGGAAGAAAGAACACAAGAUGGCGAGCAUGAAUAUCGUACCGUACCACAUGUCGCCGUACGGGCACCCUUACCAAUUUGCGCCGCACCCAGGCCAGUUUGCUCACUUGGCCACAUAGGACGAGUUCUCGCCCGCCGAGCUCGGAGCACACGCUGUCCGUUUUCCCGGGAUGUACGGCGAGCAGAACUUCUAAAAGGCUUUUCCUUUCGAUCGGACGCUUCGUUUCCAGUAGGAUUCGCGAGCUCGACAUUUUCGUCUAAUCGCUAUUAACUUGUCAUGAAAUAAUCUCUUUUCUGUCUUAUCAAAUCUACCGAAUUUUCUUCUUUGAAAUAUUUCCAUUUUGAUAAAAGACAGAAAAUUCGUAGGGCAUGUUUGUUCCAUUAAAGCGAUUACACUAUGUCACAAAAGCAACUAUUCGAAAUUGAAGGGAAGCCAAAAUUUUCUGCGAAUUUAGUGCCGUGCGCCCGAUUUAAGACUGGACGCGCUCCGAGGGACUCUCACGUAUAGUCAUGUAUAUAAAAAUAUACAUACAUUCAUAUAUACGUAGGUAAAAAAAACGCAUGGGGAAAAUUUCUAAAUGAUCUUGCGUACCUUAUGAGAGCCCACCUCAGCGGGUGAGAUAAUCGAAACUCUAGUUUAAGGGUAGACAUUAAUGAUUUAACAACAACAACAAUAAUAAUAACAACAACAACAACAAAGAAAAUAAUGGAAAAAAAAUGCAUAAGAAAAGAAAUCUCGAUUUUAGAAGUGAAACUUAAUUAUCUUCGUCCUAUUGUCUGGCUGCACACUGUUUCACGUGAUCCGUAAAUAAACACGAAUUGUAUUUGUAAAUGGAUUAAUAAUCGAUAAUUGAUAAAAACGGAUGAAUAAUCGAACAUGUAUUAUUAUUCUUUUUUUUUUCUUCUCUCUCGGAUCGUCCUGUACUUACUUAUUUACUUUUUCUCCGCCUCGCUACUUAUUCUCGAAAUUAUCUAUCGAAUGUGUGUCCAUUCGACGAUGAAUUCGACGCGAUGGUAGGAGGAAACAGUUUCUAUCUGCACGUUGAAGUCACUAUUCCUAGUAUGUAAGGUGCCUAUAAAUACUCGAAACCUUCUUCGCCAAUUAUUAUUUUCCGGUCUAAACGCGACAUUUUUGAAUAUCGCUAAGCAUCUCGAUUUAACAUUUUAUUAAACGAAAUUU